GAGGUCCAUGAGAUUCUGAGAGAAUACGAGCUCAAGUAUUGCUUUGUGGACCGCAACAAAGGGACAGCAUUUGUGACUCUGCUGAACGGUGACCAGGCUCAGGAUGCCAUCCGCUCCCUCCACCAGAGCAUCGUGCGUAGCCGGGACAUCACGGUGCAGCUCCAGCCCACAGACAGUCUGCUCUGCCUCACCAACCUGCCCCACACCUUCACCGCCCAGCAGCUGGAGGAGCUGGUCCGUUCCUACGGAAACAUCGAGCGCUGCUUUCUGGUCUACAGCGAGCUCACUGGACACUCCAAGGGCUACGGCUUCGUGGAAUACAUGAAGAAGGACUCAGCGUCGCGGGCGCGGUCGGAGCUGCUGGGGCGACCAGAGGGGGACCGUGCGGUUAUGGUCCAAUGGACAGAUGUGAACCAGUUGACUGCGGGUCACCACCUCCACUCUAAGUGCCUCUGUGUGGACCGGCUGCCCCAGGAGUACGACUCAGAAGAGCUGACCCUCCUGUUCUCAGACAGAUACAAGCCUGUCUUCUGCCAGCUAGCCCAGGAUGAGGGCAGCCCGGUGCGAGGGUUCGGGGUGGUGGAGUAUGAGAGUGCAGAGCAGGCGGAGGCCAUACUGAUAGAGAUGGACAGAACACUGGUGGGAGGACAGGAGAUCCGUCUCUCUCUCUGCACCCCCGGAACCUCAGGCAGGAGCACAUUGGCAGCGCUCAUCGCUGCUCAGGGUGUGAUGUUGAGUAAUAAGAAGGGCUUACUGCCGGAGCCCAACUUGGCCCAGCUGCUGAACAGCAUGACCAACCCAGCAGCCCUACAGGUCCUCAUGAGGCCUUACCACACUGGCAAACGAGGAGGGAAGUUUGGGCGGCCCCCAAGCCUGUCUCCAUUCCUCAGACCUCCCCUCACAGCAGCCCUGUUCCAACUGGGGAAGGUACAGCAGGUAAGAAUACUGUGGAGUGUGUGAGAGUGUGUGUGUGGG